GAGGAAACGAACUGUUUCCUGGAAAGAUAGUGAAUCAGAAUGAAGUGCGCGUGCGCGUUGCGGUUCAAGGCAAAAACGCUGCAGUUUGUUGUGUGAUUUCAUCCCGGAUAUCGAGAUGUCCAUGUUUUAUCCCUCUUCCUGACGAGACCUUUCACAUUAAACGCCGAAACCCAUCAUUAGAGUGUUUGUGGGACUGUGAUAGAGCAUGAUGGGUGCCCUUGGGAAUGGUCGGCGUGGCGGUCGCUCUUCGACUUUGAUGUUGGCGGCUCUCAUCACCUGCAUCCUCCUGCUCGGCUUCAACUAUUGGGUCUCAAACUCCAGAAACGCUGAGCUGCAGAGCAAGAUAUUGGAGCUGGAAGACCGCAUGAGGAAGCUGGCUGCAGACAAGGACAGAGAGCAGCAGAAGGCCGAGGAGGAGAUGCGCAGACAGAAUGAGCAGCUGGAGUUAAUGGAGGAAACACACCACAGACAGCAGCAAACCUCUCUGAACACCUGGAAACAAGAAAAAGAGAAUCUGAAGCUCAACAUUUCCUCCAGUACUAAAAUGGUGCAAGACAUGAAGAACCGUAUGAAGUCAUUACUGGAGGAUGUGAGUAAAAUGCAGAGCGAGCUGAAGUCCUGUCAAAAUAACGUGGACACGCUCAGUAAGAAAGCCAGCAGUGAGAUGACUCAGUGUAACAAACAAAUUGAGGCCAUGAAAGAGGAAUGCAAUAGGAAAAUUGCAGCUUCCAAACUGGAAAAGCAAAGGACGUCUGAAAAGAAUGCUGAUGGUUCCAUGCAGAAAGUCUCUGUUUCAAAAGCCAAAUCUGAUGUUCCCGCCACAAACCAUUCAGAUAAAGUUGUGGCAGAACCUCCAAAGGGCAAACCAGAUGUAGAUUCACAGUCCAAAAAUGAUGCUAAGGUCCAAACCAAUAAGUUAGUAGUGGAGAAAAAAGAAAAAGAUGCUGUGAUUUCACAAGACUCACCCACCCCCACCUCCAAACGGACCAAUAAGAAUGAGACUCUUAACAGACCAGCCAAUGUAGAAGAUCCAGAUGUGGUGGUGGACAUUAAAGGGCAGGCUUCAAAGGACAUAGAUACUGUGCUGGAUGAUGCAGGGAUUUUAGACCCGAAGGAAAAUGACAUUGGGAUUGGAGACGAGGAGGAGGAAGAUGUCAAAGUUGGGGACAGGAAAGAGGAAGACGAAGCAAAUGGGAAGGAAGACGCCAUUAUGUACGACAAUGAGGGCGAGAUAGAAAAACAGCUCUCUAAGCUUAAAGAUGAAAAUCAAGGUGCAGGUCAGGAUCUAGAGGAUGAUGUAGCUAAUUAUAAUGGUGAUGAUGACAACCAACCGGAGUCUGAGGAUGAGAAGCAGGCGGAGCUCGCAGGGAUGUAACAAAUGUACUCCUGAUCACAUGACGAGUCUGCUGACAGCAACAAUUUCUUCAGCUGAUGACCCUUAUUAGUGACUGUUUUGACCCUGCCAACAGCUCGGCAGACAUUUAAAAGGUGGGAGAGGAAACUUGCUGUAAAGACUAAAUUGUGCUGGUGAAUAUUGCACUACUGUGUAAUGAAGGAUAUGAGUUCAUGUUAAUAACAAACUCUCAUGUGUCUUACCAGGACAGGCAUGAUGAAAACAUUCUUUUUCUAUUACUGAUUUUAGUUUAAACUUGAAUCUAACUACUUAUGACAUUAAGCCUUUAAACGAAUGCACCAUGGUGAAUUUUCCCUACAUCAAACCUCUUCUUAAAUGUAAGAUGCUUUGCUUUUGUACAAAAGCAACUGCUGUUUUGUUACAAAAACUGCUUUAUCGUGUCUUUAUGGUUUAUGUUCUGUUUUGAUGAAACUAGAUGUCUAAACAUUUUAGCUGCUGAAAAACACAUAGGAACAUUAGAUGUUUAGACUAAAAGACACAUUCCUCAUCACUCAUUUAAUAACAGUGCAAUCCAGUCUUUUAUUUGCUGUAAAAGGUUACUUUUAUGUUGGUGUAAGAAUUUUUUAAAUUUUCAUGUUGGGAACUGGAAUAUGUUUUUGAAAAAUAUGGGUUUCUUACUGAAUUUCUGAUCUCAUAAUAAAUUUUUUUUGUUGCGCUCUA